UGUAGAUAUCAAGUUUUCUAAAUAAAUUACAUGUAUAAGCAAAGUCACCUACUGCAUGAUCCACGAAUGGUGUCUUUCGUAGACGUAGCGAUUUUGUUUUAUUGCUCCUCGCUGCUAGCUGUGGUGGUCAUUGUUAGUUAGAACUGGGACUUGUCCCUGUCUCUUGUUCGUUCAAUUCCAAACAUUUUUUCUGGUCAGUCAACUAGAUUUCACUCGAACUCUGAGAUGUUCGACGAAUCGUGAAUAAGCACAUUGCAACACAGCAUUAUUGCACCGUGCCAAUGUGACAGUCUUGUCAUUGCUGCUGCUGCUGCUGUAUGGAGGCCAAGAGUGAUCGUCUGAAUGAUGACAGUAAAGAUGCCUGGUCCAAGGUACUAUACAAACGCCAGCCGUUUCCAGAUAAUUAUGUCCACACCGGAAAGUUCCUUGAGGAGAUGCGCAAGAAUGUCAACACAAAGAUCUAUACAUUUGGGCAGAUCAGCAGUGCAGCAUGCAUGGUGUCACAUCAACUCAGCAGUGUGAUGGUGUUUGUGAUAGCGUUCUGCUACAUGUCGUAUGGCUGGCUGCAGCCCAGCAUGCUGCUGCUGCUGAUACUACCGCUGGUCGUGAUUGGCUACGUAGCCUUCCGAUACCUGGACUGCUCAAACUCCUGGGAGCACUAUCGAUCCGACAUGAAGCUGUCUGGUCUAGUUGUGUGUUACUCGUAUGGGCUAUCACCAGUACUCAUGACUCUUACACAGUCUGUCAGCACAGACACCAUCUACUCUAUGACGUGUGUUAUGUUGCUGGCUCAUCUUCUUGUCCAUGACUACGGUACAGGUGCCAGUGCUCCCAUGGUAUCACCGGCGAUAUCAAUGAAUGCUGCCGUGUUCGCCGGUGUUUGCCUGGCGUCGCGUCUUUCAUCGUCCUGGCACACCUUCGUCACGCUGACCUGUGGCAUUGCACUGCUGGUGUUUCUGCCGUUGCUCAGGCAGCAAUUGGCGGAUGCCUUUUGUGCUGGUCAUAUCUUCCUUGCUGUUCCAUUCUUCAUCAUCUCAACCAUCCUUCUCUGGACAGUAUCUGCUGUUGCUGUCACACUGUUUGUUCUCCUACAAGUCACUGUUGUGCUGAUAUGCCCGUAUCUCUACUGUCGUAUGCAAUGCUACAAGAACAAUAUCCAUGGUCCCUGGGAUGAAGCACUGCCAGACACCAGGGCAGCACCACAGACACCUGACGAGGUCUUGUUUGAUCAUCAUGCCAGUAGCCACCACAGCACUGCACACAUGAGCAAGACUAAGUAAGCAUGACGUCACCACUGACUGGCCAAGGUUUACCGCGCACACGCGAACCUGUUUCCGACUAAAUCCAGUAUAGUCCAAAGAAGUCAUCCAGUUGUUUCUGGAACUAUGGGACGUGCGGCAGAUAAUGUUCCAGUUGUGUGUGUCGCUUGCUCUCCGGUCCAGACACAAGUGAUCCUUUGGUACGGGCAAGGUCUGUUUGGAACAGAGUGUACCUAGUAAACGUCGCAUUCGGAAUGCGGUUUCUUAUCGCAGCGCACAGCUCGAGGAGAUGUUCUCCUAACAGCGGUCCCCUAGCUGAGACGUGUAAGGAGUUUACACACAUUGGCCCUGAAUUGAGCGUGCUGACACGUGCGUUCCCCUUAGUCAAGUUACUGGAACUGUGCUUUGUCAUCAAUGGCCGUCGCAACAGUGUCGACAUUUUGGUUCAAAGCACUGGUACCCUCGUCGAGGGUCGUUUGGACAUAGCGCACUGGUCCUGAAUUUAGUGCCUCGACAUAUGCAGUCCAGUCCCCGUGGUGAACAUGAUACUGAACAUGAUAUCAGAACGUACUGAACAUGAUGCAGAAACACAUCAUUGGACGUGGCACCGAACAGUGAGAACACGCUGGUUGGUUUCGAUGGACGACUCUGCCCGCGUGUCCUCAUCACAACGGCCCACCUCAUCGUAACUGUAUGGGUCUAGCGCAUGUGCAGGAAUACCCGAAUGGACUGUGCCAUGCUUGUCAUAUGAAUCCAUAUGUGUCCCUACGAUUUCCUGGCUGAAAUCCUAGUCUAUUCCACUUUUACAUUAUUUCCAUAAACAUUUCCUGACUGGUCUACUGCUGGACAGUAGCUCUAUAGACGAAAAAAUAUACGUUUUGUAACUUGUACAAGUAGAUUUGUAUCACUAUCUUUGAUGAUUACCGGAGUACUAGUUAUUUUUUCUGUUGAUGCGUCAAGAGGAGUGCUUUGCCAUACAUUUUGUAUGCAUGUUCAUUUGGCGUGCUCCUGGUAGUGUAAACCUAGAGCAGAGUGCAUGCUGAGUGUGCAACUGUGAA